UGUAACGGCUACUUCAUUUUGAAUUCACCCCAUCACGUCUCUGCAAAAUCUCUCUCUGUGUUGCUUUCUUGUCAAACCCCUCAAAUCUCUUCUUCUUAAUUCGUUUCUUGUUCUUGAAAAGCGACCAUGAGUAGCAGCGAUUCGGAUACGAGGGCGAGAAUGAAUCUGUCGCAAGAAGUCGACGACUACAUCAAAGACACCAUUGACCACUCCUUAGGGCUUCCCAUCUCAAUCGAAUCUCUCCAAAAGAAGCUUCUUGCGUCUGAAGAAUCACAUCUCCGCCUCCGAGAUCAAUACCUACUUCUCCUUUCCAGAUUAAAGGAGAAAGACCAAGUACUAGACCGAGUUAGGUCGGAAGCGAGUUUAAACGCACAGGCGUUGAAGAAGUUCGUGGAGGAGAACCAGAAACUGGCGGAGGAGUGCGGGAACUUGUUGAGCCAGUGUAAGAAAUGGGAAAGAGAGUGCUUGCUUUACCAUCAAGAUCGUGAUGCCUUGAUGGAGUUCGGAAACGAAGCGGAUGAGAGGGCGAGGGAAGCGGAAUCUAGGGUUCGUCAAUUGGAAGAGGAAGUUGCAAGAAUGUCUGAGGAACUGCGACUUCGUAAACCACAAAUUGGGAGUGAGCAAGUUGAUAACAACUGCACAGCACUAGAAGAAGAUUUACUUGAUUCAGUUUUGGGAUCACUCAUAAGCAAAGAUGAAAAUAUAGUAGGGCGUCUCUUCUUAGAGGCAAACAUUCAAGACCAGUCUUGCCAAGCCUUGUUGAGCAAAUGGGACCAGUUAAAACCUUCAACGCAAAAGGUUCUGUCUUUAGUCUCAGUGGCAAAGAAAUUUGAGAAAGAAAGGGAAUGCAUCAUCCAGAAUCUCGCUAAAGCUGAGCAAGAGGCCGAACUUGUGAGCAAGCAGAACCGAAAGCUGGACAAAGAAAAUCGUAAGCUGUUAAGGCAGCAGCAAAGCCCUCUUGGUUCUGCUGAGAAAAGCCACAAAAGCGCAUCUGCUAAGUCAAACAAGAGAAAGUGUCCAAAGAUGAUGAGCAGUCCAAUCGAGAAGAUGCUUGAGUUUAGCGGCAGUCCAGAAAUUAGCAGGAAGCCUCUAUCACCUGUGUGGGAUAACUCAGCAGAUUCUAGGAUGAACAAGAAGUGAUGACAAACAUGUCUCUGUAUUAUCAAUGUAUAACUGAAGAACUAAUGGCUUGUAAACUAACACAAUGCUUGUUUUGUUUGUCAUCUGAUCUGCUUGAAAGUUGUGCA